GAAAAGUUUGCAGACACGGAAUUCUAAGUAUAUAAAUGCUUUCAACUAAGCCUCAAUCAAGAUAUUAUAAGUGUGCGCAGUUUGGAAAGAGAACAAAAAAAUCGCUCGCAGUUACUUUUCUUCGUUAGCUGAAAAUAUCUCGACAAGAACCAAUCUAAUUUUUUCCCUUUUGCAGUAACAGUUGACUGCAGAGGAAAAAAAGAUCUCUCGCUCUGUUUUCUGUGUGAAUUUUUCGCUCUGUUUUUUGUCUGAAUUUUCUUAAAAUGGCGGGCGAAAAGGGGGGAACGACAAGAACUCUUGAACAGACCCCGACGUGGGCCGUCGCCGGUGUGUGUGCGGUCAUUAUAGUCAUCUCGAUUGUCUUAGAAAAGGUUCUCCACAAAGUUGGAACGUGGUUAACCGAUAGGCAUAAGAAAGCGCUUUACGAGGCAUUGGAGAAGGUCAAAGCCGAGCUGAUGAUUCUCGGUUUCAUCUCACUCUCACUUGUGUUCUGUCAAUAUUACAUUGCCGAAAUCUGCAUUCCCGACAAUGUUGGUAAUACAAUGUUGCCUUGUCGUGCGAAAGACAAUGCUAAGGAAGAACGUAGGCGUAGGCUAUUGUCUUACGAGCGUAGGGUUUUAGCUGGUGGUGGGUAUAAAACUUGCAAGGAGGGGACAGUACCACUUAUAACAGUAGAUGGGCUGCACCAAAUUCAUAUCCUUAUAUUCUUUUUAGCAGUGUUUCAUGUGAUCUACAGUGCUCUUACUAUGGCUCUUGGAAGACUGAAGAUUCGUGGGUGGAAGCAGUGGGAACUGGAGACUGCAUCUCAGGAUUACGAAUUUUCAAACGAUCCUUCGAGAUUCAGGCUGACUCACGAGACAUCUUUUGUGAGGGCGCACACUAGUUUCUGGACUCGGGUUCCACUUUUCUUUUAUAUUGGAUGCUUUUUUCGGCAAUUCUUUAGGUCCGUGAGCAAGUCGGAUUACCUAACCUUGCGCAAUGGGUUUAUAAGUGUUCAUUUGGCACCUGGAAGCAAGUUUAACUUCCAAAAAUACAUCAAAAGGUCCCUAGAGGAUGACUUUAAGACGGUUGUGGGAGUAAGUCCUGUCUUGUGGGGAUCGUUUGUAGUGUUCUUGCUCCUAAACGUUCACGGGUGGCAGACACUGUUUUGGGCCUCCUUAAUUCCUUUGAUUUUAGUCUUAGCCGUUGGCACAAAGCUACAAGCUAUCUUGACGAGAAUGGCCCUUGAGAUAACCGAGAGGCAUGCUGUAGUUCAAGGUAUACCUCUCGUGCAAGGCUCUGACAAAUACUUCUGGUUUGCUCGGCCACAGUUGGUUCUCUAUCUCAUACACUUUGCAUUGUUUCAGAAUGCUUUCCAAGUGACGUACUUCUUGUGGAUUUGGUACGAGUUCGGUUUACGAUCUUGCUUCCACGACAAUUUAGGAAUGAUCCUCGGGAAAAUUGGUUUUGGGUUUGGAGUCCUAUUCUUAUGCAGCUACAUUACACUUCCUCUUUACGCAUUGAUUGCUCAGAUGGGGUCGAACAUGAAGAAAUCGAUAUUUGACGAGCAAACCUCCAAGGCCCUCAAGAAAUGGCACAUGGCCGUGAAAAAGAAGCACGGUGGGCAUGGAGGGAGGUCCCCUACCCGGACCCUUGGUGGGGCCGCGAGCCCAACAUCCUCAAUGGGCUCCCCUUUCCACCCAACCCUACACCGUUUCAAAACAACGGGCCAUUCGGGCCGGUCGGUUGGGCCUGAUGACGAUCUCUACGCAUCGGAUAUCGAGGACCCGGCCACGCCCCCCAAGCCCACCACCAGCUUGAUUAUUCGGGCCGAAGCAAAUGAGCCCAUUGGCCCAGUUAGUAAUGUGGACGAGACGAGGAAUGAGGAUGACUUCUCGUUCGCUAAACCCGGCCCAAAUGGCAAGUGAGAAUGGGUGGGUUUUAACUAAGGGGCUUUUUGGGAAAUUUCGCUUGGUAUUGUACUAUAUUCUUUUGUUGUUGUGGGAAAGACAAUAGUGUCCUCUCUCUGCUUGUAAUUAUUUAUGUGAAAGAAGAAAGAAGAUGUAUAUCUCGAAUGCUGUACAUGCUGAACGCGAGAUGGUUUCAAGUGUUUCUAUUCAUAUUGUCUUUAUAUGUUUUUUUUUUAUCGUUAUUGUCUUUAUAUGUUGAUUUAGUUAUUACAGGUGUUUUAUUGGAGGAAUACAAUAGCGGUAGUAAUUUUG